AGUUGCACAACCUUUUCUGCAUGUUUGGUAUCUUAUCGCAAGUUCGAUCCUCAGACAAUAUGGCAGGUCUUCCAAAUUAGUACACCUUUUAAUUUGAUCCUCAUGUUCAACUCUUAGUAACUUUUUCCAGGUUCAUCAGUACUACUUGUUGAUCUAGCUAUUACUACUACUUAAUUCAGAGAAUCCCCACAACUACUACUUCGAUCUCUUCACAUCCACCAAGCGAUGGAAUCUGCAUCCCUCAUGAUCACAAAGCUCUCUUUCUUUUUAACUUUAAGCCCGCCCAUGGCCUACGUACCUUUAAUUUUCCCCUUACUCUUUUCAAGCUAGAUGUUUCUCCAAAACUUAGCAAUAUUACUCCUGACCGGCCGCCGACUCUCCCUUUCUGAUCUUCUAGCGCCGUUUGUGUGUGUUUCUGUUAUUUUAUUUGCCUUAAAAAAUUCUACUAAUUAAAGAGUACUAGUACUUUGUUUGGGAGAAUGGAUAAGGAACAGCUUGGUCCAUACAAUAAUAGUCUUGAUCAUCGUGACUUAGCAUCUGACAUGAAGAAGGAUAGCCGGAAAAAACAGCACAUGAGCGGCCAGCUGCAGCUGCAGCCAGCUGAAACCCCAGUACUACAUGAGCAUGAAGAAAGCGAAGCGUCAUCAUCUCUCAGUUUGCGUCACCUUUCGAAGCUCAUCAUUCCGCCACUCGGUGUUUCUAGUGAUCAUUACACACAAAAUCAAAUAGAGUCAAAAGGCUGGAUCAUAUCGCCCAUGGAUUCAAGAUACAGGUGUUGGCAGGCAUUUAUGGUGCUUUUGGUUGCAUACUCUGCAUGGGUUUACCCAUUUGAGGUAGCAUUUCUCAGAUCCUCUCCCAAGAAACUGCUAUGGAUAGCAGACAGCAUUGUGGAUCUAUUCUUUGGGGUCGAUAUCUUCUUGACAUUUUUCGUGGCUUAUAUUGAUUCGCUAACUCAGCUUCCAGUUCGUGAUUCUGAAAAGAUUGCAGUGAGGUACCUGUCAACGUGGUUCGUGAUGGAUUUGGCAUCCACAAUCCCAUUUGAGGUGCUUGGAUAUUUGUUUACAGGCAAGCUACGUAUGGGUCUCCCUUACACCCUCUUGGGCAUGCUGAGAUUUUGGAGACUCCGACGGGCCAAGCAGCUCUUCACCAGGCUUGAGAAGGACAUCAGAUACAGUUAUUUCUGGAUCCGAUGUGCUAGGCUGCUAUCUGUGACACUUUUUACGGUGCAUUGUGCUGGUUGCCUCUACUACUUGCUAGCAGAACUGAACCCUCACCAUGGAAAGACAUGGACUGCAGCUUUGAUCCCAAAUUUCAGAGAAGCAAGCCUUUCCACACGUUAUAUUUCUUCCAUGUACUGGUCCAUUACCACCAUGACCACAGUCGGCUAUGGAGAUCUCCAUGCUGUCAACACCAUGGAAAUGGUCUUCAUUAUUUUCUAUAUGCUUGUUAACCUUGGCCUCACUUCUUACAUUAUUGGUAACAUGACAAAUUUAGUCGUUGAAGGAACUCGUCGUACCAUGGAAUUUAGAAAUAGCAUUGAAGCAGCAUCAAAUUUCGUAAGCCGAAAUCGCUUGCCUCCAAGGCUAAAAGAACAGAUAUUGGCUUACAUGUGCUUGAGGUUCAAGGCUGAGAACCUAAACGAGCAGCAACUGAUUGAGCAGCUACCAAAGUCUAUCUGUACAAGUAUCUGCCAGCGUUUAUUUCUGCCUACCGUGGAGAACGUCUAUCUUUUCAAGGGCAUUUCCAAGGAAACUCUCUUGAUCAUGGUUGCCAAGAUGAAGGCAGAGUACGUACCACCUAGAGAGGAUGUUAUCAUGCAAAAUGAAGCACCGGAAGAUAUCUACAUCAUUGUAUCGGGCGAGGUUGAAAUAAUUGAGUGCGAGAAGGAUCAGAAAGAAAGAGUUAUAGCCACUUUGCAAUCAAAGAACAUAUUCGGAGAAGUUGGUGCUCUUUGUUGUAGGCCUCAAAGAUUUAAUUAUCGAACCAAGACGCUUUCACAACUCCUGAGGCUCAAAACCACUGUUCUAAUCGAGUCAACACGGACCAAACUAGAAGACUACGAGAAAAUGCUGAACAACUUCCUUCAGCAUUACAAAAAGCUAAAGGAUCUUAGUAGUGGAGAAUUGCUGGAAGAGAUCAAUGGGGAAGAUCAAGAAGAUCAGGCCGGUGACCCAAAUAUGGCUAGCAACUUGUUGGCUGUUGCUAAGGCUGGCAAUGCUGCCUUUCUGGAUGAGCUUCUCAAAGCGAAGUUGGAUCCUGAUAUUGGAGAUUCUAAAGGAAGAACCCCAUUGCACAUUGCAGCAUCGAAAGGGCAUGAAGAGUGUGUUUUGGUACUCCUUAAGCACGCAUGUAACGUACACUUAAGAGAUAAAAAGGGCAACACUGCGUUGUGGGAUGCUAUAGAAUCAAAACAUCAUUCCAUAUUCUGGACUCUCUACAACUCUGCCGCUAUUUCUGAUCCACAUAUUGCUGGCAAUCUCUUCUGCACUGCUGCAAAUAGGGACGAUCUGACGGUGAUGCAGGAACUGUUGAAACAAGGACUAAACGUCGAUUCAAAGGAUCGACACGGGUUAACAGCAAUCGAGAUUGCCAUGUCCAAAAACAAUGUGGAAAUGGUCAAAUUUCUUCUUAUGAAUGGUGCAGAUAUAACUUCCGACACCAAAACAUACGAGUUUCCUCAGACAACUUUGAAUGAAAUGUUGCAAAAGCGAGAGGUUGGACACCAGAUUAGAGUCCCCGAUACAAAUCAAGUUCUUUUGGGGAGUCAUGGUAAAGGGGAGCAGGGUUGCAAUCUGAGAGAGUACUACUCCAGUACAGGAUCAAUUUGUCCAAGGGUAAGCAUUUAUAGAGGCAAUCCACUUUUGAGGAGAGAGACUGGCUGCAUGGAAGCUGGAAGGCUAAUUAGGUUACCGGGUUCACUUGAGGAGCUCAGAAAUAUUGCAGGUCAGAAAUUUGGGUUCGACGCGAGAAAUGCCACGGUAACAGAUGAAGAAGGAUCAGAGAUCGACUCUGUUGACGUAAUUAGAGAUAAAGAUAAACUUUUCAUAGUUGAAAAUCCAAAUUCCUCUAUGUAAUUGGGAAAAAAAAAAAAAAGCCACGGCUGUCACGUAUAUUUUACAUCCUUUCACUUCCAGAACGGAAGCUCUCACUUGAAGAAAGGUCUAUAUUUUUGUAAGGGAUCUCACACAUUACUGCAAAUAUAUGUUAAUUUUCUCACUCGAGUGGAAAUACAAAGGAUGCCCCCUUUCCCCCAAAUUA